UACCAGCUGGAACGACACCAAGGACGACGUCCUGACCGCCAUGGCCUGGGACAACAUCACCGGCAACUGGACCACCGAAUCUCCACCGGCGGCGGAGGAGCUGGUCUUCGGGCUGGACGCGUGGCUGGUGCCGAUGAUUUUCGGCGCCCUGGCGGUGAUCGGGCUGGUGGGGAACUCCCUGGUCAUCCACAUCAUCCUGCGCGACAAGGCCAUGCACACCGCCACCAACUACUUCAUCCUGAGCCUGGCCGUCACCGACAUGGCCUUCCUCGCCUUCUCCGUGCCCUUCACCGCCAGCACGUACCUCCUGCCCAGCUGGGUCUUCGGCGAGUUCAUGUGCAAGUUCGUCAUGUACAUGAAUCAGGUGACGGUGACGGCCACCUGCAUCACCCUGACCGCCAUGAGUGUGGACCGGUGCCUCGCCAUCGCCCGGCCCCUCACCUCCCACCGCUGGAGGACCCCCCGCAUGGCGAAGCUCGUCAGCGUCUGUAUCUGGCUCGUCUCGUUCCUUGCCUCCGUGCCGGUGGCCGUCUACGCGCGACUGGAAGACUACUACUGGGCGGGCCCACAGGUGUACUGUGCCGAGUUCUACCCGUCCUGGGCCUGGGCGGCAGCCUACACCACAUGGAGCUUCGUCGCCGCCUAUCUCCUGCCGGUGGUCAUCAUCACGGCGUGCUGUGGUUGGAUGGUCAGACGGCUGUGGUGCACCCAGGUCUCGGGUAUCGCCACGGUGGACAAACUCGUUCCCAGCAGAAGCCGUGAUUCGCUGACGCAGCAGAAGCGGAAGACGACCCUGAUCGUGAUGGCGGUGGUGGCGCUGUUCGCCAUCUGCUGGGGGCCGAUUCAGGUCCUGAACAUGAUCCGUAGUUACCACCCAGACUUCCCCUUCACCAUGACGACUUACUACAUCAAGAUCUGGGCCCACUGCAUGUCGUACGCUAACUCUUCUGUCAACCCGGUCGUCUACGCCUGGCUGGGGGAGAACUUCCGGAAGUCCUUCCGAAAGAUGUUGCCGGGAUGUCUGCAGAAGGUGCCGGUGGCCCCCUCCCCGUACCUGACGCCGACCAAGGCUAAGAACUGGAAACCGGUCAUGACGUGUGUCGAGGACCUCGCUUGUACGAAGUGUUAA